AUGAAGAUCUUCGCUCUCUUCGCGGCCCUUGUGGGCCUGCUUCCAAUGCUGGUCCACGGCGACUGGAAGAUGCCCUGCCCCGGCACCGUCCUUCGCGAGCGCAUCGACCCGAUCAUCAAUCCUGGCGCCGUGUCGAACCACGUUCACCGCGUCGUCGGCGGAUCCGGCAUCAACUUCACCAUGGACUACAACAUGACUCGCCACGCCGGCUGUUCGUCUUGCACUGUGAAGCAGGACAAGUCCAGCUACUGGAUUCCUCAGCUGUACUACACCAAGUCUACUGACGGUGGCCUUCGCUACGAGCUCGUGCCUGACGGUAGUGUCAACAUCACCUACACUCAAAUUCACGCCGAUGGCGAGGACAUCCACCCUUUCCCUGAAGGCCUGACCAUGACUGCCGGCAACCCUUUCAGGCGCAACUUCACUGGAGAUGCCAUGUCGUACGCCAUUUCCUUCCGCUGCAGCGACUCCUCCGUGCAUCGCUCCGAGUUGCCUAUGGACUGCAAGUAUUCAGUCAUAGCCACCAUCCACUUUCCCUUCUGCUGGAAUGGUCGCGACCUCACCUCGGAUGACUUCUUCUCCCACAUGUCCUACCCAGAGAAGAACUACAGGGAAGGAAAGUGUCCUCAAACUCACCCAGUCCGCGUCAUCCGCCUGUCGUUCGACUUCGAGUUCAAGGUCGCCGGCUUGAACGACGAAGCCUACAGCAUCCAGCCACCCUUCUCUCUCUCCAUGGGCGACACCACCGGCUUCGGCUUACACGGCGGCUUUGUCAAUGGCUGGGACACGGAAACGCUUCGCUCUGCCAUCGACACUUGCGUCGACGUGAAUGGCGGUGACAUUUCGACCUGCCAUGUCCUCACCCAGUACACCGCCGAGCAGUGCAUGGAUUGCAAGGUCCCUCCUCGUGUUGAUGAGCCCAUCAAUGACGUCCCGGCGCUUCCUGGCUGCACAUUUGAUAAUAGCAAGUUUAACCAGGACUGCAACGGCAGCUCUUCAGCCAACAUUGCUAACUAUCAGACCAGCUUCGAGGACAUCACUUACAAGAGUUGGCGCUACCUGGGCUGUUCGAGCUCCAGCGAUCCCUUCGGCUGGAGCGGCAGCCUCGUCAAGGACAUGUUCACCCAGCGCUCACCCAGCCUCACUCCCGCUUACUGCUCGAGCUGGUGCGAAAGCCUGAACACCAUCUCGACCGCCUGGUUUGCUAUUCACGAUGGCGAGUGCGUUUGCUCCAUGCUCAACCCCAAGCCUUCGCGCCUCCCGCUCACUGGCUUCCUUGGCAACUGCGACACCCCAUGCCCGGGCAACCAGAAUGUCACCUGCGGCGGCCUCAACAGCACCUCGCUCUACAAGUACUGCGGCACCGGCGAUUGCCACAACUCCGAGUUCCAGCAAUGGCCUUUCGCCACCAAGCCCGUUGAGAAGCGCGCCGACUCCGCGACCACCAGCAGUGCCUCCAGCACGACCAGCCCGAAUGUCAGCGGCGUCCGCCUCGAAGAGCCACACGUCACCUCCACGUUCGUCGGCUACAAGGUCUGCGCGCGCAAUCCCCCCGACGAGCCCGAGUCGGCCGCCACGCUCUUCAACUGGGACUGGCGCAACGUCACCUGCACCAUCGUCGAGGGCUUCCGCGCCGAGGCGGUCGCCGCCGCCUUCAUGGACUGGGCCGUCGCCGAGUACGGACUCAACCCCGGCACGAAGUACGCGUCGCCCGAGGACGUGCUGGAUGCGCGCGUCGCGCAGCUGCGUCUGGAAGAGCUGCGCCAACAGCGCCCGCUGAUCAUGGCGGUCGAGUCCAGCAUUGCCCUCAUCUUCGUCUCGAUCGUAUGCGUGAUCGGCUUCGCCGCCCUGGCCUUCCACAAGUCAUCCUACACCGGCACCAAGGGCAAGUCGCUCGCCAACGUCUACAACGAUAUUGAAUUCGCCACGCGCUUGCUCGACAUGGAUCCGGCUGUGCUCGAGAUGCUGUUCGCCAAGUACGCUGCCAUGAAGCAGGAGAGGGAGCAGACUGUCAAGAUGGUUGAAAAGGCCGCCCCGGGUCUCUUGUCUUGA